GCAUCGACAAAUCGUAUACAUACUAUACAUACAUAGAGUAUACGUAUAAAUAUGAAUACAAAGUAAUCAGCUGAUAAGUGAUUAUUAUCAUGUUGUUAUGGAAACGUGUUAAAAGUAUAAAUGAUCGUUGUUUCUAUAGUAAUGUAUAAUUGUACAAAUGUAUCAUAACUGUACAAAUAAUUUUGGCGUAAAGCUGGUGAUGCAUUUGGAACAUAACCUCACAUAAUUUGAAAGUUCGACCUGUAGGUUUUAUUAGUAAAAUAAAUUUAACCGAAACAAUGUCGGUGGACCAUAAUGAAAAAUAUAUUUUCGAAGCUGAAUGGUACGAUAAAAUAGCCUGCGUUUUAAAGAAGUUUUAUCUGUAUUAUUAUCCAUUCGAUAAUACGGUUGAAUUGUUCGAUAUAAAAAACAGGAAAACAUUUCUAAGAAGGACAAAAUGCGAAGGAAUUCAGGCAAAAGAUUUUUAUGUAGGUGCCACUGUAACAAUAUUUUCAAGGAGUAUAAGGAUAACAGAUUAUGCGGAUUGUACUACACGAACAAAAUUGCAAACAAAAAUGCAAAAAACAUUUGCAAUGGUGAAACCUACUGUCGUUGAUAAGUUAGGAGAAAUAUUAAAGCAUAUAGUUGCCUCUCAAUUUCAUAUUGCCAAUAUUAAAAUGGUCAGAUUAUCGCAAGAAGAGGCGACAGACUUAUAUCGAGAUAAAGAGGAGCCCAAUAUAGCGUAUAUAGUGAAUUAUCUCACUUCUGGUCCUAUUGUAGCUUUAGAACUAUUAGGUGAUCAUGCAAUUACACGUUGGCAAGAAGCGAUGGGACCGGAAGAUCCCAGGGAAGCUGUUGCAAAAGCUCCAUCUUCCCUCAGAGCAUGUUAUGGUAAAGAUAAUAUUGUCAAUGCGGUAUAUGGUUCUGACAAUGAGGAAACAGCAGAAAAAGAAUUACAAUUUUUCUUCCCUAAUCCAAAAAGCGGUAAAAAAGGACCAGUGAAUACAGCAACAUUAGAAAAUUGUACUUGCUGUAUUAUUAAACCACACAUCGUCCAAGCUAAACUAAUUGGAAAUAUUAUCGAUGACGUGCAAAAAGCUGGUUAUACUAUCUCUGCUGUACAACAAUUUUUUGUCAAUCUAUUUGACGCGGAGGAAUUUUUAGAAGUUUACAAGGGGGUUCUUCCCGAUUACGCGGCCAUGGUAGGAGAACUACAGUCAGGACCAUGUAUUGUUAUGGAAAUAAAACAUAAAGAAGAAAAAUAUGAUGUCCAAGGAGAAUUUAGAAAAUUAUGCGGACCCAUGGAUCCAGAUAUUGCACGGCAAGUGAGACCAGAUACUCUCCGAGCAAAGUACGGAAAAACAAAGGUACAAAAUGCUGUACAUUGUUCUGACUUACCGGAAGAUGGAAUAUUAGAGGUAAAAUCAAUUCUCAUAAGUAUUUUUAUAUUUACGUAUUAAAUAUAUAAUUUAUGUAUGUACGUAUAUUCAUUAUAAUUUUAUACAGGUGGAAUACUUUUUUAAGAUUCUUGACAGCAGCUAGGUACUUAAAGAUGAAAUUACACAGAAAGCUUAAUUCAUUCCUUGUCUUGUUUUUAUCAUUCUAAAUAUUUCAUAUACAUUUAAGAAGAUAUUACUACACAUUGCCUUUCAUAAAUACCAUCCAGUUGUCAAUCAUAAAUUUUACCGAGCUAUGAAAUUAAAUAAUAACAGUUAAAUCAUUGUUUAUGAUUAAACCUAUCAGAUGAAUAUAUGGAAUUUUAUCCUACUUUUUUAUAAUAAAGAAUGCUAUAGCAAUUA